AUGAGCCACUGGGCUCGGUGUUAUUGCAAGGGUGAGAGGUAUAACUUUAUGACGAGCAACGCAGCCGAGCAGUUGAACAAAGCCUUGAAAGAAGGAAGGGGAUGCCUUGUGGUUGAUCUUUUCAAAUUUAUCCAAGCCAUGAUGACUAGGUGGUUCAAUGCAAGGCGUAGGAAGUCUUCGGCUUUGAGAGGCAGUCUCCCACCUGAGGUGGAGAAGGUUUUGAAGGAACACAUCGAGGAGGUUAAAGGCAGUCAUGUAAACCAGAUAUCAAGUUGGGGUUUUGACGUUGUUGGUAAAUUCGGCGAUCACAACACAGUCCUACUUAACGAGAGGAGAUGCACGUGUAAGAAGUUCGAAAGGCUUCAGAUCCCUUGUGGCCAUGCCUUGCUCGCUGCUGACAGCGUUGGUGUCCUCCCUAGUACACUAGUUGGUCUUUGGAACAAGCCUGGUUGCUGGAAAGAGACUUAUGUUGGAUUGGUAACGCCUGCCGUGAACGAGGGCGACGUUGACAUCUCGGAAGAACUAUCUGAGCUAGUGAUUUGUCCGCCAAUGGCAGGCCGUGCUAAAGGACGUCGAAAGGAAGCCAGGAUUCCCUCUAAGGGAGAGUUCCCGGUUGUUAGGAAGAAGAAGGAGGUUCCGAACAAGUGCACGAAGUGUCUCCAGCCAGGUCACAACCGUACAAGAUGUCCCUCUUUGAUAUGA